GAAAGAACAUAUUUCAUUCAUCCCUUUGGUUCCACCGUUCUUGCCUCAAUGGAGUUGCCGGUGAGGUCUCCGGCUCCGGCGCCGGUCCGCCGGUCAAAUUCCUACACUAUCGAAGCUAGAAACUUGUCCUACACUUGGCAUAGUCCAUACGAUCCUAUGCAUUGGCCUUUCUUCGGCCGCGAUACCGAUCCGAAUGUCUCGUCGAGUAGAGUUAUCGUAAAGAAUGCGAGCCUUGUCGCGAAGCCGGGGGAGAUCACGGCGAUUGCGGGGCCGAGUGGGGCCGGAAAAACGACGUUGUUGGAGAUUCUCGCCGGAAAGAUCCCUUUAGGAGAGGUUUCCGGCGAAGUGCUCGUCAAUGGUUGUCCGGUCCGGCGUGGGAUGUUUCGAAGGUUGUCCGGUUAUGUCACUCAAGACGACGCGUUGUUCCCUUUGUUAACCGUCGAGGAAACGCUUACGUAUAGCGCGCUUUUGAGGAUGCGUGGCGGGAGACGAGUGGCGUCGCAACGCGUAAAAAUGUUGAUGCAUGAUCUCGGACUCGAUCAAGUGGCGAGGUCGAGGGUCGGGCAAGGAUCGAGCGGCGGGAUCUCCGGGGGCGAGAGGAGGCGUUUGUCGAUCGGGGUGGAGUUGGUCCACGAUCCUCCCGUGUUGCUCGUCGAUGAGCCCACGUCGGGUUUGGACUCUGCCUCGGCUCUUCAUAUCGUUUCGUUGUUAAAAUUGAUGGUCUUGAAUCAAGGAAAAACGGUCGUUUUAUCCAUCCAUCAACCCGGGUUUCGAAUCCUUGAACUUUUCGAUCGCCUUGUCCUAUUGUCGCAUGGACGGGUUUUGCACAACGGUUCGUUGCUACUACUUGAGAACUCAUUGUUGCGCGCGGGGCAUCGCAUCCCUUCUCACAUCAAUAUUCUCGAAUUCGCCAUUGAAGUUGCAAACACCAUUUGUGACGAAGCCACACAAUGCAAGAUUGAUGAUAGGAUGAAGUUCGAUCACAAUUCGUCGAGAAAUGAAGAAACAACCCCGUCCUACACAAACUCGUACAUUAAGGAGGUUCAAAUACUCGGAGAUAGAUUUUGCAAGAAUAUCUUUCGAACCAAGGAACUUUUCGCGACCAAAGCAAUCCAAUCCAUCCUAGUCGGAUCCAUUUUAGGGACCGUGUACAUAAAGCUAAACGACAAUCACGGCCAAGUAGCCCUCCAAACUCGGCUAGGGUUCUUUGCCUUUACUCUAAGUUUCCUCUUAUCAUCCACGACAGAAGGCCUACCAAUCUUUCUCCAAGAACGCCGUAUAUUUAACAGAGAAACUUCAAGUGGAUCUUAUAGAGUCACAUCCUACGUAACGGCAAACACCCUCGUUUUCCUCCCAUUCUUGCUCCUAAUAAGCCUUUUAUAUAGCACGCCGGCAUAUUGGCUCGUCGGGCUAAGGAGGGAUACAGAUGGCUUUCUCUACUUUGUCUUAGUCGUUUGGUUGGUCGUUCUGACAUCAAAUUCUUUUACUGCGUUUUGUAGUGCUCUCGUGCCAAACUUCAUAAUGGGAACAUCGAUCAUCGCGGGCCUCAUGGGGAGCUUCUUCUUGUUCUCGGGCUACUUCAUCGCGCGCGCCGAUAUACCCAUAUAUUGGUUAUUUAUGCACUAUGUGAGCCUUUUUAAGUACCCUUUUGAAAGCUUGAUUGUUAAUGAGUAUGGAGGGAAGGGUAGGGACAAGUGUUUGGAAAAAUUAAGGAACGGUGAAUGUGUUGUGUAUGGUGAAGAUUAUUUGAGGCAACAAGGAUUGAAGGAGACACUAAAAUGGACCAAUUUAGGGGUCAUGUUAGGGUUCAUUUUGGGGUAUAGAUUCUUGUGUUUUUGCAUUUUGUGGUAUAAAAGUUGUAGAAUCAAUAAGGGCUUUCUAUGAAAUCAAGGUUGUAA